AUGGAGAAACCAACAAACCAGGCUCCGGCACCAGCAGUCGACCGGCACCCUUCAGACAACUACAUCUCCUCCGCCGGCCCGCCACCAGAGUACCCUCCAGGCGAACACCAGCCGCACGGCCAGCAACAACAACCCUACGAACUACCAAAAUACGGCGCCCAACCCCAGGAUCCAAACGCAUACUACGGCGCCCAGCAGCAGCCCCAGCAGCCCCAGCAACCCUUUGGCGGGCCGCAGAACUUUGCUCCCUACGGCACGCCGCUGCCGGCGCUCGGUCCGCACCCGGCGCCCAUCGAGUGUCCCGACUGUCAUGCCCGCGGCGUGACGGCGGUGGAGUACUCGUCCGGCGGGUUCACGCACUCGCUGGCGGCGAUUGUGUGUUUCGUCACUUGUCUAGGUUGCAUCCCGUACUUCUUCACCUCGUUGAAAGAUGCCAGACAUAAAUGUGCCAAGUGCGGAAUCCCGCUGGCCACGUAUCAUCGUAGUGGACGCACCGAGGUUCACUGGCACGGUGCCUAUCGCGGCUGA